GACGACGCGGUCACUACGGUCCAUGCGCCCUAUCAGUGAGAUAGAGGACAAGUCGACGAACGGAUCCAUGAUUACGAUUGACGGUCGGCAUUGGGGGAGAGGGCGACACAUGGGCAGCAGGUCCACAUUGAAUCUCCAGCUCUCUGGCCAUGACGACAGUAACAACUGGGAAGCCCGAUACGAUUCCGUCUUCAGCUUCCUGGCACGGAAACUUUCCCCUCAUUGGAAAUCUCUCAUCACCCGGCUAUUCAUUGGUAUUGGCGACAAACAGGCUUACAUUUACACUAAGCAACUGGAAUCUGAGGUGUGUUCGACGAGGGAGAAAAUGCACGAAGGCCUGCUCGAAUGGAAACACAGAGGAGGAGAUUCUGCCACGCCCGCCAAACUUCUCGCCGCUCUGUACAUAUUAGACUUCCAUAACGUAAUAGCCCACCUCAGAAACAAAUACCCAGCUGUUUUCAACAACGACGAUGAUGACGAUGAUAGCGACGAUGACAGGGAAACAGAUGUUUGAUUUUAAACAUCAUAGACAAUAAUAACAUUUAAAUGUGUUCAAAUGGAGUUUAUCUUGUUCUUUAGAACUCCGGAAUCGAAAUACACCUAUAUAUAUAUUUCCAUAUAUUGUAUACGUAUGUGAACUGCAGUUUAGAACUGUACAUGACAGUGAAGUUUUUUUGUGUGAUAUUAUAAACAUCUAAGAUAAAGUUAGCAUGCUUUCAAUUGUCCAAUAUCUGGCUGAUGUUUUCAGACCCAAUACAGAAACAUACAAUUAUCCCGAUCCUAUAAGGAUACGUACAAUUAAUUAU